AUGGCGCCGAACACAACGGCAUCUCUAGCCGCCACGCAAGGCAGAAUCAACGAGCUUAUGGUCCAAAUCGCUCAAGAAUGCCCAUCAUGGUGGGGAGACUUGACCAAGACGCGCGAAAUAAGCGAUAAACUCUGCUUCGCCAUGCAGAGGCUUGAGCAGAGGCAGCAGAGGCGCACGCGACACCUGCCCAGCAUCAACUGGUUGUUCAGCAAGACGGAGGAGAUAGUCGCGGUCUUUGAAAGAACGCUGCUAGCCCACCUCAGCGGCGAAAACAAGUCGUUGAUAGCUUGGCACGCCAACGGGAGGGAGGUCGCUAUGGCUUGGGCACCGUGUUCGAGGUAUACGAGCACAUAG